AUGCCAAUUGUCCAUGAACGACGGCGCAAGAUGGAGGAGCUAGGAGAGAGCUACCAACAACCUGUGGAUUCUCUCCAAGCGUACCUAAACACGGUACCUCCGGGGCAACCCGUCGACGAAAUGGAGCUCGCCACGAUGAUGUUAACGCUCGUCUUCUUCUCCAUUCAUACCACAACCAAGCGUACCACAAUCUGUCUCUAUAAUCUCGCAAAGUAUCCCCAGUAUCUACCUGAGCUUGUGCAAGAACAGAGGCAGGUUUUGGGCGACGAUUGGGCUGAUGGGACAGUAACCUUGUCGCAUCUGAAGGAGCUUCACAAAUUAGACAGCUUCAUUCGCGAAAGUUUGCGCUUGAGCGGUCGAAGCAUCGCAUUACCCCACAAGAUCAUUGGAAUGGAUGAGUGGAGACUACCUGGCGGCUACGUCCUUCCGAAAGGGACUGUGGUCAACAUAAACACCGACGACGUCUAUUACUCGCCUGAGCUUCAAGGCCCCGACCCUCGCGAGUUCAAUGCAUGGAGAUUCCUCGGGACGGACAAAGGGGCCGCGCGGAUUGGCCCUGAUAUGAUCGCAUUUGGGCUUGGGAGGCAUGCGUGUCCAGGUCGUUUCUUCGCGGUGCACGAAAUGAAGAUCGCACUGAGUCUGAUUCUCAAGCGUUAUCUAGUCACAUUCCCUCCCGGAGUGCAGGGAUCCGAUACCGCACCGUUGUUGUUCACUCCGAUUAAAUCGUGUUGA